CCAAAUUAUCUCAAGCGACCUUCUAUCUCUAUGACCAACUCCAAAUUUCCAUGCAUGUAACCAUAAAUAUUCUUAUAUUGUCACAUUUCUUCUUGUUCUUCGAUUUCUGUUACGUCCACCCCUCCUCUCUUUGACAUGGAAGGGCGGACCCCACUCACCGGGAACGGAAAAAAAAGCAUUAACAAACUUUCUUCGGCAACAUCCCUCCGUUUAGCUUCCCCUUCUGACCGAACAUCAGAUACUUUCGUUGUUCAAAUCCCUAAAGAUCAAGUUUAUCGUGUGCCACCACCCGAAAAUGCAAAAAUUGUGGAAAAUCGUGCCCCUAAGGAUAAUGUACAAAGCAAGAGAAAAAUUGGACGACGUUGUUGUUGGACCUUAUUGGGGAUAUUAAUAUUCGGUAUCGUUAUAGGUAUUACCAUCGCGAUUAUUCACAUGUUGUAUAUACCUAAAUGUCCUAAAUUUUCCGUUGUUAAUGUCCAUUUCAAGAAUGUCACGGACCCUAAUAAUCGCGAUCAAGGACAAAAAAAUCAACAUCCAAAAUUCGAGUUUGAUUUGAAAGUAAAUAAUGUAAAUGAAAGAAUGGAUGUUUCAUUUGGUGAUGGAAAGACAAAUUUUGUUUACAAGAAACAUGAUAUAGGACAAGGGAAAUAUCCAUCAAAUUCACAAAGAGGUUUGGGUACAAAUAAUAUUCAUCUUAAUCUUGAUGUUGGUUCAAAUGGGAAAUUGCCUAGUGAUUUGUUGAAGACAAUUGAAGAUGAGAACAAGAAAAUAGUAAUAAUGUCAUUGAUGAUUCAUGUGCCAAUGGAAAUUAAAAGUUGGAUUAAAAAUUUGAAGAAAGAUUUGACAAUUACUUGUGAUUUUGAUGUGGAAGAUUUGACAAAGAAAUCCAAGAUUAUGCCUAAUGAGUGUAUAACGGAUUUCUAAUUUGGGUGUUAUGUCUUGUUGGCUAGAAAUAUGUUUUUGGCAUAUCUAUCGAUCGAACCAG